CAGAAGUGGCAGUGAGACUCUAUUAGCAUCAGACAGUGGUCCGAGCCUAUUGUUGUUGGGAAAACGUGACCGACUUCAUCAUCUCAAGUGGCCAAUCUUCUGUUUGUAACAGUGUUUGCUGUGGUCUCACUAUACUUUUAGACGUACACCAGUGGUGGACAUUCAAAAAUUACAUUUAUUCGGCCAAAGUUGUGUGUGUGUGUGUGUGUGUGGCGGAAAGGAUAUAUAAAGUUGUGUAACUUAGCACACCGACACAGCACACCAUCAGUGGUGGUGCAGCAGCUCUUCUUCCUAUAGCUUUCAGUGUGUCUAUACGUGUGUGAGUGUGUAAAAGGAUCUCUAGUCACACGAAUACGGCGCGUGAAACGGGUUGGGGGAAAUGUGAGAUCUUCGUGCAGUGCAAAUACCCCUACACACCGACACAGUCGUCUGCUCAGUUGCCUAUCGUCGUGCUACUGCUGCCUCCGGUCUAAAAAUACGACAACCAGUGUUGUUGGGGGGCGAAAGAAAAAGAAAUCAAACUGAUGAGUGGAACACCUUGUUCGGGAUUACGUUGCACUGCAUUAUUUACCAGGGCUCAGAGCAGCGAGGCUCGGCCAGGGAAAUCUGCGUCAACGACAAUGACGUCGUCUGCAUUGAUCUGCUUGUUCUUUUCUGUGGCUGUGAUAAUGUCGUCGUCGGUCGAAGCUGCCGAAACGGAUUUACCUCAUGUCGAGAUAUCGAACUGGGCCAUCCGCUUCGGCGCACAAAUGUGGGAGAUUGGCAAGCAAGUCACCAGGAUACGGGAAAUCAGAGAGCGCUACCAGAGUGAAGCCAAAAUCGAACAGGUGGACGGAUUCGCCAUGGUCAAAGAGAUGGCCGAGGAGAUGGAGAACAUGAUGGGCGACAAGAUCGAAGCUAUCAAGCGGAUUAUGGACGCAGCUGAACAUCUGUCCGUCUCACAUUCGCGAUUAACACGGCAAGAUUUGUACGAGAUGAAGCAGCGCAACGAGAAUAUCGAUUACUACAACGCCAAACGUCUCAACCAGUACCAUAAAGCCGGGCCGCUGGCCGGUGAGCUGCUCGAGAACCACAAAGCGCUCAUCAUGUCAAACAGUCUGCACUUUGGCAACGUGGGCAUCAACACCAGCGUCAGCGCCGUUCACGUUCCCACCAACGUUUACGACGGAGCUCCGGACGUGCUGAAUGGCAUCCAGUGGUCGGAGCAACUUGAUCGCAUCUUUAUGACCAAUUACGAGUCGGAUCCGUCACUAACUUGGCAGUACUUUGGCAGUUCAACAGGAUUUAUGCGACAGUAUCCAGCCACCAAGUGGGGCCAGGGCGAAUGGGAACCCGACUUGUUCGACUGUCGUCUAAGACCCUGGUAUCUCCAAGCGGCUGCCAGUCCCAAGGAUAUGAUCAUCUUAGUGGACACUUCUGGCUCCAUGACUGGAGUCCGUAAAGAGAUUGCUAAACACGUCGUUCUCACGUUACUCGACACCCUUUCGGAGAAUGACUUUAUCAACAUUUACAAGUUCAGCGAAGUUCCCGUCCCAGUCGUCCCGUGCUUCAAAGACAAAGUUGUCCAGGCCAAUUUGGAGAAUUUGAGGGAAUUGCGCAAUGGCAUGAUUGAAACGGAGACGAGCGACAUUGCCAACUUCACGUCGGCUUUCACGACGGCCUUUGAAAUUCUGCAAAAGUUCAACCGAACCAUGCAAGGGUGUCAGUGCAACCAGGCGAUCAUGUUGGUGACAGAUGGGGCUCCCGAAAAUUACAAGGAACACUUGGAAAAAUACAAUUUGCCACACAGGCCAGUACGAAUCUUCUCCUACGUCAUCGGUCGGGAGAUCAUCGACACUUCUGCCACCAUUAAUAUGGCAUGUGAAAACAAAGGCUAUUUUGCUCGAGUCACAUCCCUGGCUGAAGUUCGUGAGCAAGUGCUCAAAUAUAUUCCAGUCCUCUCUCGUCCCAUGGUUAUGUACCAAAAAGAUCAUCCCGUCAUCUGGACUUCAGCUUACAUCGACAUAGCGGAGCCCAAAUUGAGUGACUGGCUGUGGGAGAUAAGAGAACGUCGGAAGCAGCGGGAUCGUUCGCUCAACUACCGUGCACUCUUGCGGUUGAUCAGCGAUCGGAACAACGCCCAAAGCGACGACACUUCAAACGUGACGACCAACAGUAGUCGGGAUGCCAGUGGCAGACCCACCAUCAGCAUGACAGUUGAACAAUAUUUGACCUAUGGCAACCUCGUCAAUGAGGAGCGGCUCAAUGCUCAUCGGAUCAAACAGGAGCGUGAAGAAGCAGCUAUUCCUGCCGGCAACCAGCAGAAUAACCGUCAAGGCAUAACCAGCACCACUCCCCGUCCAGUGUUACCUCCUACUCAAAAUCCUGAUGGACCGCGAGCUGAGGCGCUUACCAAGCCUGAGACUCUCAGAGCUUGGCUCAAACGAAUCGAAUAUGAGACUCGGACUAAACCGAAAUUCUUGAUGGCGGUUUCGGUGGCUACUCCAGUUUACGACCGCAAGAAUGAAUCGAAUAUCAUUGAAAAAAUACUCAUCAACGACAUCUGGGAAGAGAAAACGCGAACGGUAAGGACCGCCAAUCUUCUUGGAGUGGCCGGUACCGACAUACCCGUCACGGAACUGAAGAAACGAACGCCCGCCUACAAGUUGGGUGUUAACGGGUACUCGUUCAUCGUCAACAACAACGGCUACGUACUCUACCAUCCCGAUCAUCGACCCCUGGACGCGGACGGACUCCUGAAACCCAACUACAACACGGUCGAUUUGUCCGAAAUUGAGUUGGUCGAUUCAGACGGCGGUCCGCGUGAAAACGACACGAAUCUCAUGACCAUGCGCCGCGACAUGAUCGAGCGGCGCGAGGGUGAGAUGACGUUCAAAGUGAGGAUUCACCACGAUGGCAUGAAGAGAGUCAGCGUUCGUCGGCAGCGCUAUUAUUACCGCGGGCUGAAGGGUACCCCUUAUAGCCUCGGUUUGGCGCUGCCUGAUGGAUACGGCGAUUUUCGCAUUGCGGCUGAAACCGAAGUCAAGCGUCUGUCGGCUGAUCACAACAUCAACGUUUCGUCCUUCUUCUCCGGCAAGAAUUGGAAAAUUCACCCCGACUGGAUCUACUGCCGCUACAACUACGACCAUCUGAAAUCGUUCGAUACGCCCGAGGCUCAAGUGCUGCACUUUGUCGGACGGACGCAGCGGGAGCGAUGGCGUUGGAACUCGAAGCACCCGCGGCCUUCCCACGACACUGUCCGCUCUCACAAACAAGAAGACAACUACUACUGCGACAAACAUUUGAUGCAAUCACUGAUUUUUGACGCCCAAGCCACCGAAGUGUUCGACAAAAACAUUUCUCUUAGCAUUGACCGACAAGAUCCAGGUUUAGGCAUGCUUAUGGCACUACUAGCCAGGCACGCCAUGUUUAAGCUGUUUGGUAUAUCGGUCGCCUUUGUCGCCACUCGCAGUGGCCUCUUGCGUUGGCAGGACAUCAGCACCAUUGAUGACAAGCACUUUAGCGAGGCCAAUCUCAACGCCAUCGACCAGACUUGGUACAAGAGGGCCGUCGAUCAAUACUCUGUAGAACCGGAUAGCUUUGUCUACUCGGUGCCGUUCAGCACGGGUACAGGAGUAACCAAUGAGAGUGUAGUUACUGCCUCUCAUGCUAUUUUCGUCGAGAAGGGCGGCUACAAAGCUCCCGCCGCUGUCGUAGGACUUCAAUACAAGAACAGCGCCUUCCGAGAAACCUUCUUCAACAUCACGUCUGGGUGCACCGGAGGAGUUCAAUGCAGGCGAACUUGCAGUUCCGGUGAUUUGUCGUGUUACGUAGUGGACAAUCACGGAUACAUCGUGAUCUCAAAGGAGGAGAGAGACACAGGGCGCUUUUUUGGUGAAAUCGAUUGGCUUGUUAUGGAUUCAUUGAUCCAUUACGGUGUCUUUAAAAGGGUCCGCAUCUAUGACUAUCAAGCUGUCUGCAAGGAUAUGCAGGGGCACCGCAGUGCUGCCAAUUUCUUGCUAACACCAUUACGUUACAUGAAGUGGUUCGUUCAAUGGAUGGUUGGUCGCGCCUCUUGGAUAAUGCUCCAAACUCAGAUUGCUCAUUUGAUCAAUCCGGACUGGGCCUGGGGCAUGGAACAAGAGCAAUCGGAUUACCACUACGAGGAUAAUGAUGGUAGUCCCGGACCGGUUCCAACGGGUGGAGAAUUCAUGGCCGACGGAGAUAUUUCAAUCAUCGUCCACGACGAAGCUGUAUCAAUGGAAAACGCAUAUGCCAAUAAAUCCCGACCGAGACCAUGCGACCAACAGGCAGACUUGUAUGUGCUGCAACCCGAAAAGCUAUUUAAAGGCGACAAGCCCGACUCGGUCAAAGGAAAACAGAACUGCAACUCGAACAAUUUGGGCGCCCGCCAAUGCGAAAGACACUACAGCACCCACAAGAUACCCCACUCGAAUUUGCUACUACUAGUCAUUGACACAACUUGCAGGUGUGAAAUACAGAAGCAAAAGAUUGAAAUGGAGGAAGUCAAAAUGAACGAGUCGUUACGCUGCGAACGACCUCAGGAAAGCUUGUACCGUCAGCGUCCCUCCGUCUGUCUCAGUUAUCAUCCAGAGGAGGAAGAAAUCAAACAGUGUGGUAAAGGAAACAAUUUACUGCCGUCUCCCAUUCUACUUACAGCAGCAACCUUAAUCUAUUCAGUUUUAAAAUGGAUUUAAUUUAAUUUCACCGGUCCCGCAUGUCUUGUUGCAUCAUUUUGAUUACUGAGUGAAUGGGUGAUUCAUAAUUCUCGGGUCCUCAAAAUUUUUAUAUUAUUUGGCUAGUUAAUUAGUCUCCCGAUGUAUGGUGGUCGACAUGUAUCAACAGCUCUUAUUUAUUUAUGGAUCUAAAUUGAUGACUUUAGUGUGCGUGUUGGUGAUACCAUGGGUUAUGAAUGUGCAUAGUGUGAGCGACAUUGGGCUUAAAAAAAAGACGACUUCCCAACAAAGUAUUCAGCUGGACAAGAAAACGUACUAAGCCUACUUCAUACAUAUCAAUUGUUAUAAAAUGUUCUGGUACGGAGCGUGCUUCUUCAUCUGGCUGGUAAAUGGUGCGUUAUUGUUUGUCGUGAGCUCUUUGGACUAAUUGUGGUUGUGACUGACAAGCUUGUUAUUUCUUAAUUUUCAAAUUGUUACAGUCCUGAAAUGUUAAAUUGAUUUAAAACUCUCACAUUGACGUUUGAUAUUCUAAUUUCAACCAGCAGUAAUCGAAUGCUUUUUGUUUUGGAGAGGAGACAUAAAGUCGUUUUCAUGUGCCCGUUACUGCAAAUACGAUUCUUCUCGUUCCGUCUGCCGUGGGUAAUGCGUGUCAUCCUUUUUGUUAGUGCUUUUUUUCAUGAAAAAAAACUCAUAUUCCCUACUGAUGCUUUGACUGAAACUGAAAAUUUUCAAAUUGCCCUGUGUGUUUGAAUUCCCCUUGUUUGAUUUUAGAUAGCAUUUUUUUUUUACAUUUCCUAUGAGGAUGCCAAUGGUCUACAUUUCUAGUAAGAUCUUCGGUCCAAUUAUUUAAAAAAUGUUCUCUAAUAAAAAUAAUCUUAUCAUUUGAAUUCAUUCAAAAAUAAGAUAAACGUACAUAACAUCA